CUACACCUAUUAAUCUUCAAAGCCAAAAGAAAAUACAAAAUCUCCUCCACCUCAGCAGUAAAUGCUGAAAUUCGAGUAGCCACGGCGUCAAUAUCAGAUUCUGCCGCGAGCUUACGGAUCCACCGCCAAAACGCCGGAUCCAAUCUCGCCGCUUCCACCGUCUCUUCACUCAGGUUCUUUUCAACCCUCCGUCCGAUCACCGGGGAACUAGAAGGACAUAGAAAUGUUUUCAUUGUUUUAUGGACUUUGGAAGUACGCCUUCAGUAAGACAGAGUUUCAUGUCCUUAUUCUGGGGAUUGACAAAGCUGGAAAAACGACAUUAUUAGAAAAAUUGAAGUCACAAUUCUCAAACUCAGAAGGCCUUCCACCUGAUCGCAUUGUUCCAACUGUCGGACUAAAUAUCGGCCGUGUUGAAGUUUCAAAUUCAAAACUUGUAUUUUGGGACCUUGGAGGGCAGCCUGGUCUUCGCUCAAUUUGGGAGAAGUAUUAUGAGGAAGCACAUGCUGUAAUGUUUGUAGUUGAUGCUGCUUGCCCAUCACGUUUUGAAGAUGCUAAAUCUGCUCUUGAAAAGGUUCUCCGGCAUGAGGAUCUCCAAGGAGCCCCCCUUUUAAUAUUAGCAAACAAACAGGAUUUGGGCGGAUCUGUAUCAGCUGAAGAACUUGACAGGUAUCUUGAUCUCAAGAAAUUGGACGAGAGAGUCUAUACAUUUCAAGCUGUUUCAGCAUAUGAAGGGGUGGGAAUCAAGGAAAGCGUGAACUGGCUUGUAGAUGUAAUGGAGAGAAGUAAACGAACAGAGGCGUUGAAACUACGUGCAGACUCCUCCAAUUUUUGAUCGCCAGCCGUAGAUAUAGAAAGCAAGCUACAAUUAGUAUUCACUGCACUUCAUGUUGCUACUUUGUGUAAGUAAUCCAUUGUUCAAUUUGAAUUAGUAGCUUAUAUUACAUAUAUAUAUACCUAAACGAGAGUUGUGGAUACUCUCGCUGUACUUUGACAUUUGUGUUUAAGUUCGCCUCCCAGUUAGCAAAGUGUAAAGGAGAAAUCUUUUGUUCAUUUCUUUCAA